AUGGGUCUGCUCCUACCCCUGGUGCUCUGCACACUGGCUGCAUGCUGCAGGGCUAGAUCUCCACCUAUGCCACCCCCCCCCUUACUUGUCCUCCCCCGUGGCUGCAAUGACUCAGAUGUUCUGACAUUCGCAGGCUUUGCCCUUCAGGACAUCAACAGGGACCGAAAGGAUGGCUACAUUCUGGGACUCAACCGAGUGAGCGAUGUCCACGAACACAGACAGGUUGAUCUGGGAUCUCUGUUCUAUCUCACACUGGACGUGUUGGAGACUGACUGCCAUGUACUCACCAGGAAGGCAUGGAAAGACUGUGAGAUGAGGCACCUUCAUAGAUCGGUUUAUGGUCAAUGCAAAGCAAUAUUUUAUGUAAACAUGCCAGCAAGGAUUCUCUACUUACUUGCUUAUAACUGUACUCUUCGCCCAGUUUCUCAAAGAAAGAUUUACAGAAUCUGCCCUGACUGCCCCAGAGCCAUUGACCUGUCAGAUCCCAAGGUUCUGGAAGUUGCCCUUGAAUCUCUUGCAAAAUACAACAGUGAGAGCACCUCAAAGCAGUAUUCUCUCGUCCAAGUCACCCAGGCUUCUAGCCAGUGGAUGGCUGGCUUUUCCUACUUUGUGGAAUACUUAAUCAGAGAGUCACCAUGUACCAAAUCCCAAGCCAGCAGCUGUGCCCUUCAGCUCCAUGACUCCGAGCCUGUUGGUCUUUGCAAAGGUUCUGUGACUUCUGGAGUAAUGGAAAAGUUUGUCUCCGUGACUUGUGACUUCUUUGAACAACAGGUUCCUGCCCCUGGAGGGGAAGACCCUGCUGUUAACCAGGGACCUGCGCACCUCCCCGGGCUGGAAGAGUCCCAGCAGAAAAUCGUAUCCCCUACUCCCAACUUGCCCCCCAAGGCUGUGCCUAAAGGAUCUGUCCAAUACCUACCCGACUUGGAUGAUGAGAAGCCCGAGGAUGCUGAGGAAAACAGCCCUGUUGAGGCCUUUCCUGUGAAGCUGGAUCUCACCACAAAUCCUUGGGGAGAAAGCCUGGAUGUGUCCUUCCUUUUCCUGGGGCCUGUGGAGGAGAAGCUGGUUGUCCUGCCUUUUCCCAAGAAAGCACAACACUCUGCUGAGUGCCCAGGACCAGCCCAGCAGGACAACACUCUUAUUCUCCCACCAUGAGAACCACAUAGAGGAUUCCAUGGGGGUGUAGUGCUCUGCAGAAGAAGAGAGGUACUGGGGAAGGGGGGCAGAGAGACAGCUCAAAUGUAGAAGAAUGACAAAUAAAGUAUAUCUUUUGACUCUU